AUGCGCCCUCUCACCGACACAGAGACGAAGACCCUCUUCGAAAAACUUGCCAACUACACUGGCAAAUCGCUCAACAACCUCAUCACCGAAACUGUCAACACUCCAAACUCGAAAUCACCCGACCGCUAUGUAUUUCGCGUGCAAAAGGAUCGCGUCUACUAUGUGCGCGAAUCGAUAGCAAACCUCGCAGUCUCAGUCGCGCGCGAUAGCUUGCUCAGUCUCGGGACAUGUUUGGGAAAAUUCACGAAGACUGGCAAGUUCAGAUUGCACAUCACUGCACUAGAUGUGAUUGCGCCGCACGCAAGAUAUAAGGUCUGGGUGAAGCAGAAUGGAGAGAUGCCAUUCUUGUAUGGUGGACAUGUGGUCAAGGCGCAUGUUGGUAGAUGGAGCGAAGAUGCGCCUGAACAUGCCGGAGCUGUGGUGUUGAGCAUGAAUGAUACGCCGCUGGGAUUUGGCGUGACGGCGAGAUCUACGGCAGAGGCACGCAAGCUGGAUCCGACUGGAAUCGUCCUCUUCAGGCAAUCGGAUGUAGGAGAGUAUCUGCGUGAGGAGAACACACUUUUCGCAACGUGA